UCGUUAAGACUUCAAGUAUAGGAGAGAGAGAGGGACAGAGAGGGAGGGAGAGGAACACUACGGAGUUAUGGCUUAAAGGCAGAUGUACUGGAGUUAACGUUAAGCAAGAAUCCAUCGAAAAGCUGCACAAGCUAAUGCUGGUUCGCCUUGCGUCACCCGAAAUUGGAAGAGCAGACGACACUUUAAGCGUUGGAUUUCUCGCACGAGACGGGUCACGUGUGAGAUUUAGUCGAAUCCAGGUAGCUUGGGAUACUUUUUAGGGAGUGCAUAUAUUACUUGGAGACGUCUUGUUUUGGAGUGUGCUAGUCCUCGUAUAUGUGGCGUUUCGUGCCUGAAUUCAAUUGAGACUUCCACUAAAUAGUGCUGGAUAAAUGAUUACAAGGAUUCAUCCGACACCAGCAUUCUAGGAAACGAUGAUUGUGUCAGGUGCGAAGGAUUACAGGGUAGCUUACAAAAGCUACCAGGACUGGCUCCUUCCCCAAAAAGCUGUACUCUCAGUGUUCUCCGUGGGAAUUAUAUUUGUCAUCGUUGGCUUUAUUCUCCUUUUGGUUGGUACAGGCAGUGUCUUAUCACCUAUAGGCGCCGUGUUCCUUGGACUAGGGUUGUCUCUCCUUGCCAUUUGUUUACUGCUUUGUCCUUCAUGCAUACUGUGUCAGGUACAUCCGGAUCAGAGCACGCAGACUAAGGAAAGGGAGAGCCAAGUAAGGGAGGUAGCUUUUCCUGCGGAAGCCAUCGUUACCUCGAAGCCACCACAGGGUGUACUAAAAACUGGACGCUCGCCCUCCACGGAGCCAAAGCGUGUCCGUCUGCAGGCAGAGAGGGACACGGGUUUCUCUGGAGGGACCGGUUUCUCCGGAAGUGGGGGGCAAGCGACGCAGUCCCUGAGCUCCUCGCUGCUGACAGAAAAGUUUCCUCUGCGUUCUCCGGAGUGGAAGGAAGAGCAACAGAAAACCCAGGUGAAGACGGUGUCCUCUUCUUCUUCCGGUGGCUCCGAUCUGACGACCACAGAAAAUCAUUACGAGACCCUUCCCCUAAAAGUGGACCCCGACCCUGCCACCGCCCGACGGCCCGGGCAGGUAUUCUCACGGUCCCAGGAGGCCGAGGUCUCCAGGCAUGCCAGCUCCACGCAAGUCGUCUAUCCUCAGCAAGCGACAGGGUUUGUUGUAACGACGUUCAAGCCUCCUCCACCGCCAGUGUAUCCCCCGCAGUCCACAAACCUCAGUUCCUCCUCUUCCUCCUCCACUGCUUACAGGUCCGGAUCCCCAGCUUUCCAGCGCGAAUACGGUCCCUCUAUCAUUUCCUCUCCUUUUCCAAUUGCCGGUGGUCAGUACCGCCAAUCCUCGACUGAACGGCAAUAUCAGUCUGGCGGUCAGUUUGGACAAGCCUCUGAGCAGCAGCAGCAUCAGACCGGUAGUCAUUAUCGUCAAUCCUCAACCGAACAGCAGUAUCAUCCCGGUGUUCAAUACAGCCAGUUCUCAACGAAGCAGUAUCACCAGCCCGGAGGUCAGUCUAGUCAGUUCUCCACGCAGCACUAUCAGACCUCGUCUCAAUCUCGCUCUGGUGGCCAGUUACAUCACUUCCACGAGCCAUCUCCUUCGCGUUCCGCGGGAUCCGUGCAGCAUUAUCACGUGACCUCGGAAACCCGGCCAGUCAAAAUCCAACAAUAUUACCACACCGUUCCUCAACCAAUGACGGCAAACCAACGCCAGAUGACGUCAGAAUAUCACUGGGCCGACAUGGGUGCUAAGGUUCCUCCGCCGGGAAGUAGAUCGGCUGGAGAUGAGAUGACCUUUGAGGACCAUAGGUCAUCCAAGAUGAGUUUGUACGACAAUCUAAAUGGUUGGACAGAGGGAAGUGCAACUAUGUAAAAUCUGUAGUCACCACAAUGGAUAGACCCACAGUACGUACGUUAAUUGGACGAAAUGUAAAUAAGCAUAAUCAUGCAAGCAAAUGACAACCAAAGCAACAGUACCUCAGCGCACCUAUUUUAUAUGUUGGAGGACUAAAAGCUACAAUGGAAGCCGAAGACAAUGGAGGGGUUCAGUCCAAUCCAAGGUGAGGCUAUGUGGCAAUACGGCGGGUCUCAGUUCAAGAGUGACGAAGAAUUGUACAAUGAAAGACGGCACAAGACAUAGCUUUAUCGAAAGAGGCGUUUUUUUUAAUUGAAGGACAGGCCUUUAACGACUUUCUGUAAUGCUCCCCUGCCCGAAUGUGUUAACUUUCCGUCUGUAGCUCUGCCCAUCAUGGUAUGAAAAAGGAGAGCUGCAGUGCUUUAACUAUAACGACAACUAUUUGUGAUGACUGAGACUAACCUGCGAUCUGGGAAAGAGGUAUCCCUAUGCUUGUGCUCUUUUAGGGGCCAUCUUCAUGACAUUUUCCACACAUUUUGGUGGUACCAUGUAAUAGGAAAUUUCAGGCACAAAGCUUUAUGUAGAUUUUUUUUGAUCGUAAGGUAAAAAUUCAUAUGAGAAAAAAAAUUUACCGAGGAUGUAAGAGAAAAAGCAAAGAUGGCAGCAAGAAACGGAGCUUUCAUUUUAAAGAAUGGUCAAGCUAUGUUUACGCAUUGACCUCAUCGACUCAAAUUUGAAAUUAAGAAGCACGUGACUCAACUCUUUAUCCGAACUACUUUUCAGCGAAACAAUAUGGCCAUGAAAAUGUUUUUCUGUCUCAACGACUCCAGGGUAGAUCCCAUCGUGUUAUUAAGGACAGGAUGUCCAAUCAGUGCGAGAUUGCACAAGGUGUUCGGCAUAUACACACUUUUCAGCAGUAAAUAAUACAACAAACGUGACCCAGUUGUUCACUGGAAUGGCCACUAUUUUCGUUAGUGUACAACGCGACGGUAGCAGCAACUAUAAAAAUGCUUGUUCUCCCUUUGUAACACAGUGCUAUAUUCGAGUGCGAAUCACCUGUUAUGCGUGAAAAAUCUUUACAAAAAUUGAAAACUCAUAUCAGUCAGAGGCGAAACUGGAACCAGGCUAUAAUACAAACGACUCUUCAUCGCAGCAAAUGGUAUUACAGUCUAAAAAUACAAAUUAGCAUUGGUUCGGUGGAUGUUUUUAAAUUCCCUAAAUGAAGACAGUCCUCUGGAUUAUUGUAGGCCCAUGUCACAAAGCUGUCAUUUUCUUGUCAUCAGUGGCGUAUGAACAGGCUCUUUGCAUGUUUUGUCAGCACAAUCCAGUGGCAUUGCAUGGUUCCUUCAUACUACACGCAGGUCGUCUCCUUGUAUCAUCAUGAAUGUCCAUCGUACUUGAACCGAUUGAAAAUUUCUGCUUAGACCAUUUCUUUUAUUUCAUUAAUUUCUAAGGUGUC